AUGCUGCUAAGUUCAUUGGAGGAUUCGAUUCCACCAAAACGGUUAUCCACGUUAGUGGCACAGUAUGGUCGAGAACUUGGGAUCAAUGCGGCCCCGCAACCAAUUGAUAGAAAUUGCGGGGUUAGUUCAACUGUCCAAUUGGGGUCCCAGAGGAGAACCCCAGUGGGGAUCUCGAACAUUUUACAGCAGCAGACGAAGAUCCUCUUUGAGCGAGGUAUUUCCUUCAAUGUGCUCGUGUGUGGGACCGUUGGUGUCGGGAAAACCACAGUGGUGAAUUCACUUUUUGGUUUAAAUGGUUCACAAAGCCGUAGCCGCCCAGGCAGUCAGGGCAAUAGUAACAGACACGCUGAUGUGGUAAUUACUAAGCAAUUACACGAGAUUAGGUACGAAACGAAGACACGGUUGAAGCUCGGUGUUAUUGAGGUUGGUAGUUUCGGUACGAAGAUCAACAACUAUUUCAGUUGGAACCCUAUUUUGAAUUACAUUGAUUGGAACUUACAACAGUACUGGAAACAAAACUCUCAGCCGUAUCGAACUGUGACCAAAACACCUGACAAUCGUGUUCAUUUGUGUCUAUACGUUCUAGAACCUGUUACUCCUACUGAGUUGAAACCUUUGGAUCUUGUUGCAAUGAAGGAAUUGGGUGACAAGAUCCCUCUGAUCCCUGUGAUAAACAAGACGGAUAUAUACACCAGCAGUGUUUGUUUGCACAUGAGUUCAGAUAUAGGUCAACUUCUUGCCCAAAACGACAUCCGGUGUUACCACGACCCAAUAAUACACGGCCGCCAAGAAAACGCUAUAGUACCUUUAAGAGAGUUGUUGAUUGACCAGGGGGCGAUGAUCCCGCUGAUCGACCUUGUUGACACGCAGCCGCCCGUUGUGGAUGACACGGAGGGCGGUCGACUAGAGUGGAGCAGUGAGUAUCUAGCCCGACAACUACAGCUGCGUCGGAAGUACAACAAGUUAAUCGAGUUACAAGACUGUAAAUUCAACGAGUGGAUCAACACUUUGUAUUUGAAGCAACGGCAGUCGAACAAGAUGGUCGAGCAGAUGUACCUCCGCGUGACCAAACUACAAGAACAGUGCAGACAACUCGAGCAGACGGGCAAUGGCCAUUGCAGUGCCAAAGUGCACGCCAGUAUGGAGGCCAAGAGCAACAGCAGCAAGACCUUGUUCGAACAACCCUAA